AUGGCUGUCGGACCACCAGAUCAAAUCUUUAAGGACAAUUUAACGUUCGAUACGUUCAGAGAAUUGAUUAUUGAGAAAGAAUCUACUGCAGAUGAGGUUGCAGAUAAAGUCCUGGAGGCGAAGAAGGCAUUACUGCCGAUACGGACGUUGAUGACUGAAUUUGUGGGUAUGAUAGCGAAUUUAGAAAGUAUGGGGAACAAGACUUCGCAGGAGAAGUUUCUUGCCAUACGAAUGAAGUUGAUUGAGUUACAGAAUAAUAUACAGAAGUUUUCCAAGGAUUUCCAGCAACUUCAGCCCGUGAUGAGGACCAUGGACAAGUUCAACGAGGAAGUUAAUGCGGGGGAGAAGAAGUUCUUUGUUCAAGAGACUUUGGGAUACACACAACUCGCCAGUAACGGAAGUGCAGCCGGUAUCACUAAGACUAGCAGUGGGAAUGAUGGCAACACAACUGGUUCUACCGCAAAUACAAUGGCUAUGGCGAAAGGUCUGAAGAAAAAUGCUGCUGGCAAGCCCAAUACUGGUACCGGCGUACAAUCCGGUCCUGGCCGCAGAAACUCGACCAAAAAAACCGGCCAUACGGGACCAGCAACAGCACCAACAACAUCCAACUCUGCUGCUUCCGCUGCUGCUGCAGCUGCAAACACUCCAAGUUUGAAACAGAUCCCAAAUACACAGCCAAUGCAAUUGAUGCCUGGUGUAUCACCCAUGGCAAUGGCAAGUCCACUCAAUAACAUCUCCCCACAAAGGAAGCUCACUCAACACGUUAAUCAAAGUAGAGAAAACAGUCUACAUCAAGGGGUAACUCCUUCAGCAUCGAUGAUCACUCCUCAAAAUAUCUUAAACAUGUCAGCAUUUGAUCUUAACCAAAACCAAACACCACAGUCUUUGGAUAAUGUCAAUAAUAUGGAUCUUACGAACCUCGAUUUAGACUCUUUGAACAUGGAGUUCCUCAACUGA